UGGAUGGCGGCAGGGGCAGGUCGUCAAUCAUCAGGAAAAACAACAAACGACAAAACAGUUCGAGUUCAGCAGCUGUUUCCGCACUUUAUUGUUUAUUUACAAAUAAAUUUAUUUUUUGUAAGUAACAAUUGAGAGUCAUCUCUCAUUUUCUUUGUCCUCUUUGUACCUUUCCUUGGUAAUAUUAGAGUUUCUGGGAGACUUUGGGCUCCUCGCUCGUAGAUGCCAAGCGUCAAAGAUGAUUCUGAACCCGAAGGUGAAGAAAUGUCGCACGAUAGCAAUAACAGUGACCAGAGCUCGGCAUCCUGCGACAGCAGUGCUGAACACAGUGACAGUGAUGACUCCUCGGAGAUGGAUGAGGACGAGUGCGAGAGGAGGAGAAACGAGUGUAUGGAAAAUCUCGUAGAUCUGGAGAGACAAUUUACACUCCUUAAAGAACAACUUUAUCGUGAGCGAAUAACUCAAAUAGACACUAAACUCAGAGAAGUAAGAGUCGAGAAGUCUGACGAAUACUUGGUCCCGCUGCAGCGUCUCAAGGAGAACAUGGAGACAAAAACAAAAGUGGCGGAUGUACUGAGAAAAAUGAGACUGGAGAACAUUCAGAUAAAAUUCGACGCUGAGGAACGUGCAGCUGAGCAGAAUCUGCAGAACGAGAAGAACCUCCUGUGGGACUCGAUCCACAGCGAUCUCCAGGAGAAGAUACGGAGGCUCGAGGAGGACAAAAAUAACGUGGACAUUCACGCUGACCUGUGGUUCAACUCCACUGGCAAACGACGUAGGAGUCACACUGAGAGGAGACGCGCUGUUUCUGUUGCCGGACCCUACAUCGUUUACAUGCUCAAUGAUGCUGACAUCCUGGAGGAUUGGGCGCUUAUCAAGAAAAGUCUGAGCAGCCGAAAGGCGGAGAUUCUGUGAAUGAAGAGACACUCGAAAUAGUGAUUAAUUGGGAGUUGAGCCUAUUGUUCAAGUGCAUAGUUCUGGAACAAUUUAUAAUUAAGUAAUUGAAGAGAUUGUGGUAACAUGGGGGAGCUUAUUGUCGAUAAUUAGAUAGGAACGUUUAAAACUAUUGCUCGAGACAACUGUGAAACUGAAUUAAAAGUAACAUUCGAUCAAA